GUCUUCAUGAGAUCAUAAAAUGGCUCCUCCCAAUACCGACUUUUUGGGACGGGGGCAAAGCGCGGGCGGAGCCUAUCCGCACGGCCCCUUUUCCUAGCUACUUUUCGGGGGAAACAUGGCAGCGGCGGUAGGAUUGAGAAGAAGCGGGUCGUGGAUCAAAUUAUUCCCGCAGCUCUUUUCGGUCACUACCAUCCGGCUUUUUAGCCAUGGAACAAAAAUAAUGUAUCAAAGCGAUAACCCUCAAGCUGGCUUCUUUUCAUCUCUUCAAAAAGUAAUGUUGCCACCAAAUGCCUUUGAAGGGAAAGUGGCCUUUAUCACAGGUGGAGGUACAGGCAUUGGCAAAGGAAUGACAACUGUUCUUUCUCAUUUGGGAGCAGAAUGUGUUAUAGCAAGCCGGAAACUUGAUGUAUUGAAACAAACUGCAGAAGAAAUCUCUUCUAAAACUGGAAAUAAGGUCCAUGCAAUUCAGUGUGAUGUAAAAGACCCAACUUCUGUUAGCAAUGCAGUUUCACAGUUAAUCAAAGAGGUUGGACAUCCCAGUGUUAUUAUAAACAAUGCAGCUGGAAACUUUAUUUCUCCUUCUGAACGCCUUUCUGCAAAUGCGUGGAGGACAAUCACUGAUAUUGUCCUUAAUGGGACUGCCUAUGUAACUCUGGAAAUUGGAAAAGAACUGAUAAAAGCACAAAAAGGGGCAGCAUUUCUAGCCAUUACAACUAUCUAUGCAGAAAGCGGGUCUGGAUUUGUAUCACCGAGUGCCUCUGCCAAAGCAGGUGUAGAAGCACUGUGCAAGUCUCUUGCAGCUGAAUGGGGUAGAUACGGCAUGAGAUUCAACAUAAUCCAACCAGGCCCAAUAAAGACAAAGGGAGCUUUCUCUCGUCUUGAUCCAACUGGCGCAUUUGAGAAAGGGAUGAUUCAGAGGAUUCCUUGUGGCCGCCUGGGUACGGUAGAGGAAAUUGCCAAUCUUGCCACCUAUCUCUGCAGUGAUUAUGCAAGCUGGAUUAACGGAGCAGUCAUUAGAAUGGAUGGUGGUGAAUACGUCUCCAUGGCUGGGGAGUUCAAUGAUCUACGUAAGGUUACCAAGGAGCAAUGGAAUAUGAUGGAAGAGAUUAUAAGGAAAACCAAAGGCUCAUAGUUUUUUGGGGGAAUUACUGCUUUAUGUCCAUUUUUUUUUCAAAAGUACUGUAAUCUAUAAAUUCCAUACACGAACAAUGCUAAUAAGAAACUGACUUUAGUAUCUGUAGGCUUGCAAAAGGUAAAACAAGUGAUUUUGAUAACAUGAAACACAAAGGUUUGUGAUUUAUAAAUAAUAAAUACAAUAUUUAUACAAA